GCGUCCGCCACAGCUAACGGACCGUCGAGUGGAGCGGAUCACAUUCUCCGAGCCGUCGAACCACGGCACCUCGCAGAACAGGGAUUAUGGACUUCUAACCGAGCUGCUGAAUCAAAUAAUCAUACAAAUUAUUUCCCCUUAGGCGUAGUAUCAUUUUUCAUUUAAGGGGUUAUCCAUGAGAUUCUUCAGGCUUACCUUUAAGUGCUUCGUCGACUGCUUUUGAAUCUCCUCCUUGUCAACGGCUCAACUGACCGCGACGCUUUGUGACAUUUUUUCCAUCUCUUUCGGCUGAGCUGAGGGGUUCCAACGUGUGAUAUUUAAAAAAAAAACAGAAUCUUUUUUUUUUUAUUAUUUCAGAGAGAAGAAAUAACAAACUCAAAUAACAACAAGAACAAUUGGAGCAGUGUAGCCUACAUUGUGGCUACAUCUCUCUGUCUCCCCCUCUGAGCCAGCCGGGUACGUUUUUUUCAAACAAACAGAUAUUCUUAAAAAACUUGAAAGCUUCCCUCUGCCAUAACAAAAACAACCAGCUUCUUUCUUCACUUAACAUGUCACCAGAGCUGGAAGAGAACAGCCAAGAUGAAAUCAGUGUCUCCCAGACGGAGGCAGGGGCCCUGUCCGAGGAGGAGAGCGGGGGGUCAGCUCGUCCCCUGGUGCCGGUGCUUGGUGCCGACCAAGGGUGUGGAGAGGGUGUUGGGGCUGGUCCGCCGCAGACCCAGGACGGGGCCGCAGCAGGGACUGGGAACGGGGCUGUGGCGGGACAGGAAGGAGAGCGAGAGACCUGGACCAGACAGAUGGACUUCAUCAUGUCCUGCGUGGGAUUCGCUGUGGGCUUGGGCAACGUGUGGCGGUUCCCUUAUCUCUGCUACAAGAACGGAGGAGGGGUUUUCCUGAUCCCCUACUUGCUGAUCGUGUUCAUCGGGGGAAUCCCUGUCUUCUUCCUGGAGAUCGCACUGGGCCAGUUCAUGAAGCAAGGAGGAGUCUCUGCGUGGAACAUCGCUCCGCUUUUUAAGGGUCUGGGACUAGCAUCGAUGGUGAUUGUGUUUUUCUGUAAUACCUACUACAUCAUGAUACUGGUGUGGGGCCUCUACUAUUUCUUCCACUCUUUCACUGACCCACUGCCGUGGGCCACCUGCGGACACCCUUGGAACACCCCCAACUGCACACAGGACUUCCGACGCGCCUGCCACAACCGCAGCGCUCUGCCGACGCCUGCUGCCUCCCCCUCCAACCUCUCGUCCACCCUGCCCCCGCUGAACCUGACCUCCCUUCUCCUGAUCAAUAACAGCUGCAUGGAGGCUGAGGGUCUGCGCUCCCCGGUCAUCGAGUUCUGGGAACGUAAAGUGCUCCGUCUCUCUGGAGGCCUGCAUGAACCCGGCGUGAUCUGCUAUGAGAUGGUGCUGUGUCUCAUAGCCACCUGGGUCAUCGUUUACUUCUGCAUAUGGAAAGGAGUGAAAUCUACUGGCAAGGUUGUGUACUUCACAGCUCUGUUCCCCUACUUGGUUCUGGUGGUUCUUCUGGCUCAUGGAGUCACCCUACCUGGAGCUCUGGAUGGAAUUGUUUACUACCUAAAACCAGACUGGUCCAAACUGGGAGAAGCACAGGUGUGGAUUGAUGCUGGCACUCAGAUUUUCUUCUCCUAUGCCAUCGGACUUGGUGCCCUAACUGCACUGGGCAGCUACAACCGCUUCCAUAACAACUGUUACCAGGAUGCAUUUGUCCUGGCUCUUAUCAACAGUGGAACCAGUUUUUUUGCUGGCUUCGUUGUGUUCUCUGCUCUGGGCUUCAUGGCUGCAGAACAGGGAGUGGACAUCAGUAAGGUGGCUGAGAGUGGCCCAGGCCUGGCUUUCAUAGCCUACCCCAAGGCUGUGACUCUGAUGCCUCUGGCACCGCUUUGGGCAGCGCUGUUUUUCUUCAUGUUACUAGUACUGGGCCUGGACAGUCAGUUCGUAGGGGUGGAAGGCCUGAUAACAGGACUCAUGGACAUGCUGCCUCCUAAAUCUGCCCUUUCCUCAUUGAGACGAGAAGUAGUUGCUGCCAUCUGCUGCAUCAUCUGCUUCCUUAUUGACUUGUCCAUGGUCACAGAGGGAGGGAUGUAUGUGUUCCAAAUUUUUGACUACUACUCCGCCAGCGGCAUGACUUUGCUGUGGCAGGCCUUCUGGGAGUGUGUUGUGAUCGCAUGGGUUUAUGGCGCAGACCGUUUCAUGGAUGACGUGGCUCGUAUGAUUGGCUAUCAGCCCUUACCCUACAUGAAGUGGUGCUGGUCCUACAUCACGCCUUUUGUCUGCGUGGCAGUGUUCCUCUUCCACGUGGUGAACUACCAACCUCUCACCUACAACACGGUGUACACCUACCCUGUAUGGGGAGAAGCACUUGGGUGGGCACUGGCUCUUUCUUCUAUGCUCUGUAUUCCUCUUACUGUUCUCUACAAGCUGCUGCGAUGCAAAGGACCUCUGCGGGAGCGGUGGCAAAACCUAACUACCCCCAUCUGGGGCAGACACCACCUGGAGUACUUGGCGCCAGAAAGCGAGGCCAAGCUGCUGCCCGCUGCAGAGACGAAGAGCACCCUCCUCUUUGAGAGUGUAAUUUGACGACCUGAGCUUUGAUCUCAGCAACACAUGUCCACCAAAACAUGCACAAACGCUACAUUGGCCUUGUCUGAACUAAACACAAAUCAGUAAAACACUCUACAAUUUUUAAAACGUACAAAAAGGAAAAAAAAGAAAAGAAAAAAAAAAAAGAUCCUGGGCAAAUGGACCAAAGAAAACACUGGAGAAGAACUGAAACACACCUGCAUUCA